CCACCCAUCAUGGCCUCCAGCAUCUCAAUGAGGAGUUACUCCAUGAGUCGCCAGCCUUCCUUUUCCAGUCGUUCUCUGAUGGACACUGGACGUGCUCGCUCCCGUGCUUCGGUCUCUUUUGCCGCAGCCAGCCCGCUGAGCCGUUCAACAUCCAUCAGCCAGGAUCUCAACGGGCCAAUGAGCCUGCAACUUAACGGUGUGCACGGAAACAGCACCAACGACAAGGAAGCCAUGCAGAGUCUCAACAACCGUCUGGCCAACUACCUGGACAAGGUGCGUUCACUGGAGCGCUCCAACGCAGACCUGGAGAUGAAGAUCAAGCAGCUGAUGCUUGACCGUAUUCCCAAAGGUCAUGACCUCGACUCAAUGAUGGCCCAGGCUCAUGCUGUUGAGCAAGAGGUGAGGAAGAAAACCUUGGAAAAUGCUCGUCUCAUGUUAGAGAUCGAUAAUGCUAAACUGGCUGCUGAUGACUUCAGAAUCAAGUGGGAGACUGAGCUGGUGAUGUGUCAGUCUGUGGAGCGUGACUGUGUUGCUCUGAAAAAGGCCAAGACCGACCAUGAGCAGAUCAUCGCCUCUCUGAGGGGAGAUCUGGACAGCCUGAAAGAAGAACUUUACUUCCUCAAGAAAAACCAUGAGGAGGAAAUGGAGCAAAUGAAGUCUCGUAUUGCCAGAGAUGAGGUGAAUGUGGAGGUGGAUUCUGGUGCCAGUGGGCCAGAGCUGGGAACCAUUCUGUCUGACCUGCGUUCCCAGUAUGAGGGGAUUGUCAAGAAGAACAAGGACCAAGCAGAGCAGUGGUACCGCAAGAAGCUGGAGACGGUGCAAAGCGAGGUGAAGGAGAGCAACGAGGCUCUGAGAGGAGCUCAGAGCGAGCUGAUUGAUAGGCAGCGCUUUCUGCAGACACUGGAGGUGGAGCUGGAGAGUCUGCACAAACAGAUUGCAGCACUUGAGGGUAACCUGGGUGAGACCGGUCAGAAAUACUCUACUGAGAUGGAGCGGCUUCAGGCCACCCUGAACCAGCUCGAAGAUGACCUCUCCCAGCUCAGGCUGGACAUGCAGCGCACCAAGACCGACUAUGAGCAGCUGCUCCGCAUCAAGCAGAAUCUGGAAAUGGAGAUAGCCACCUACAGGCGCCUGCUGGAGGGAGAGGAAACAGUCAAAGAAGUUCCUCCCCCACCAAAAAAGGAGCCUGACGUUCGCACCAGAAAGAUUGUGAAGGUGGUGACACAGACGAUGGUCAACGGCAAAGUGGUGGACGAAUCCAGCGAGGUGGAGCAGAUCGAGGAAACCAAGAAAUAAAAAGGAAGUGAAUGUAAUGAAAUUAACACAAAGAGUAGGAGAAAAAUGACACCAGGAUUUGCAGAGAAAGAGAAGAAAUUAAAAGAUUGCUGUCAGUAUAUUAGACAUGUGGAGCUGUGGAGCAUCAUUUAUUCUAUUGUUAUUGAUAUUGAAUUGGGCAUUUUGAGGGGCAUUGCUCGACUAUGAAUGUUUUGUGUUUUCAGAGAAAUGUUUUCCCACAGCUGACUUAUCAGUGACAAUUGUUUGUUCUGGAGAAAAUGUGACAAACAUUUCCAGUACUGCUGUAGCUAUGCAUGCUUAUACCAAUGUUGAAUAGAGAUAUGUGUGUUUGUUUGAAAGCAACUGACUAACUAUCCUAAUACAGUUUUACUAAUAAAAUGCUGUGUCCUAAAACAAAGAUAUUUAUUUCUUAGUGUGGAAAAUUUACUUUAGUAAAUGUAAAACAUACUUGUACACCUUUUACAAAAAUAUCUUUUGUUGUUUAAUUUGCUGGUUUUGCGUUCAUACUCUGUCUAAAUAAAGU